CAGGUUUACUCCCACUCAGGACAGUCCAGGGUGGUCCAGCCACAUUGUUAUUCACUGGCUACUUCACCAGCAAUCUCCCUACAAGAGGAAGCUCAAUCCUAUAUCCGUGUAUACUCAGAUUGAUUUCAACGGCUCUUACUCCCAAACUCAAGCACGUUUCUGUAUGACUGGAGCCCAAUCGUUCUAAGCCUCCGAAACAGCUUAAGAGGGGAAAGGAACGUCAACCUUCGUAUUAUUAACGCGCAUGCUCUCCAUGUGGGCAUGCUCAGGACUAGCAACGAAGCCAACCUGCCCUUUUCUUGUCGUUGAUUUGUUGUUGGGGAAACGAGCAGCCGUCACUGAUGCUGCGCUCCUCUAACGCGUCGGCGUGGACGUUCGUGCUGGGUUUGACGGCGGGAGCCCAAGCGGAAGAGAGAACAAGUGUGGCAGAGGAAUCAAAACCUAUUGACUAAUGGAUCUUUACCUUUGAGCAGAUGUCAAAAACCUUGCCCAUGCAGCCGACAUGCAUAGCCGUUACAGAAGUGUCUGUAUGUCUGUUUGAGGCUAGUAGCUGAGAAGCUGAAUGGCUUGUAGGUGGAAGAAAUAGCCAUGUCAGAAGAAAUCAGAAAGAGACUUGAUUUCCCUAACACCCUUAUACAGUCGCAGACUGUGGGUCAUCUUGUUGCUGCUGUGCUAAAAGAAAAUGCUUCAUCUAACAAGAUAAGCCAGGCCACUAACCAGACCCCCGCAUUAAACUUGCUCUGGGAAAAGUGCUGCAGUGACAAUGUGGUUGUCCGGACAGCGUGCUGUGAGGCGCUGUUGAUGCUUGUUGCACAGGAUCAUGCAGAGUUCAGUUAUGUUAUCAGUGGCGCUCUCAACCUAAUUCCUUCUGCCAGGAAUGUCCAUGGUUUGAUAAAAAUCCUUGUAAAACUACUACAGAGCCAGGCCUUGAAAGUGACAAGCGGAGAGGAUCAACUGGGGAAGUUAUAUGCAAUCAGGAAUUCACCUCAUCCCUUGAUCACUGUACUUGAAAAUAGACCUGACUGCUGGCCAGUAAUCCUACAGCAGAUGACAGCAUUUUUGCAGCAGUGCCCAGAAAGUGCAGAAAAUUCAUGUGUCUCUCUAAUGAGACCGUUUCUGAGAUAUCUGUACUGUGAGCCUUGCCAACUGCGGGAACAUGCUGAAUUACGAAUGGCUCUGCUUAGAGUUUUGCUUCAGCCGGUUGGCCCUUGGAACAAAGAGAAACCCCCUGCUCUUGAAUGCCAUCUCCUUCAGAUGUUUUGUGAUUUGGUUCCACAUUAUCAGCUGAAAGACCUGCCACAGAUCACAGAAACGCUGCUUUUUCUGGAGGAGCUGUUCCGGAGUCUGCUGCGCUACCCUGUUUUUUGGAGAGCCCAGUUAUGUCAGCUCUGCCUGCAACUUUUAUGCUUCUGUGAGGUUUGCCUGCAGGUCACUGGGGAAUGUUCGUGUUUAAUUUGCUUACUGGAAGAAAACGUUGAGCUCUUGAAAGAGGGCAUUCCAUUUGAGAUGGCCAUAAUUGGAUUAGGUUUGCUGCUGCUUCAGGCUCCAGCUAGUCAGCAAAAGCCAAUCUUAAACCUGGCCAUCAAGCUCCUUUCCUGCUCUGAAACCAAGAUGAGUCCUGCAGUGGCCCUUAUCCUGGUGAUGCCUGCACUCCAGAUCUUAUCCUCCACUGCUGUACAGGACUGCAUGACUGAAGAGGAUGGUGGCACCACUAGGCAGCAGUUGGCCAUUCAUCUUUUAGAAAUUAUACAGCAGGAAGAACUGAAAGAGAGAAAGCAACUGGCCUCUGGUGAGCACUUCUUCCCCAUCACCAGUGCUUAUGGUUCAUUACAUACUACUUGGAGAAUCCUUGUGCUUAUGAGAGAGAAAUCUUCCAUGUCUGACUGGUUAUCUUCUCUUAAGUCAGUGCUGUCUAUUACAACUCAAGUCCCUGUUCAUGUGUUCCUUCUGCUGGCCUACCUCUUUAUUCAAGAAAAUGGAGAUGGCCUUCGUGAUGUACUGGCUGCCACUACAGAAAUCGCCAAAGCAGAUUCAUCGCAGGUGCCAAAUCUGAUUCCAGUCCUGAUGUUUAAGUUGGGAAAACCUCUGGAGCCCACACUGUGCCGGGAUAUCCUGUAUACUUUGCCUGCUUUGGGUGUCCAUAAGGUCUGUGUGGCACAGAUCUUACGUGCGCUACAGGUGUUGGGAAGCACGCCAAAGCUUCAAGCUGUUACAUUACGCCUGAUGACAUCUUUAUGGGAGAAACAGGAUCGUGUUUAUCCAGAACUACAGCGAUUCAUGGCCAUGUCUGAUAUGGCUUACUUAUCUGUUAGCAAAGAUACUCAGUGGGAAAAAGUGAUUGCCAAAGCUGCUUCUAUCAGAGAUAUAUGCAAGCAAAGGCCAUACCAACAUGGAGCAGAUAUGUUGGCUGCAAUUUCCCAGGUACUGAAUGAAUGCACAGAAGCUGACCAAGCCACACCUGCUGUCUUAGUGUUACAAGGACUUCAUGCACUUUGUCAGGCAGAGGCUGUUUGCAUUCGCUCUACAUGGAAUGCACUCUCUCCUAAGUUGAGCUGCGACACCCGGCCGCUCAUUUUAAAAACACUGAGUGAACUGUUUUCUCUUGUGCCAUCCUUAACAGUGAAUUCAAACGAAUAUGAGAAAUUUAAAGCUCAAGUUGUCAGCUUCCUGUGGAGCCACGCACAAAGCAAGGAUCCUCUCAUAGCCACCUCUGCAUAUAAAUCUCUCUCUGAAUUUAGUUCUGAAGAGCAUACCAUCCUUCAUAUUCCUGAACAGGCAAGACCAGAAUUGGUCCAACAAGAAGAGGUGGACAUAAAUGAAAAAGAGGAGGAAGUUGAUCUCUCUGUUCCGGGUGUCUCAUAUAUCAAAUUACUGAUGCUCACUCCUCUUCCUGUUCUACCAGCAUUUGAAGAGUUUGCAGCAUCACUUGUGAAACAGGAGAUGACCAGCAUGCCUCGUGGAAUAUACCAUUCUGCACUGAGAGGGGGUGCUGUUCGGUCAGACCAAGGGAAGACUGUAUCAGGCGUUCCAAGCUUUAUGCUGAAAAUGUAUGAGAGGAACAAGCAGCCAGGGCUCAAGCCUGGCCUUGCAGCUGGCAUGUUGCUGAGUUAUGAUCUUCCAAUCCAUGUGGGAAAGGAUGGCAAACCUAUCAGUCGAUUUCUAGCCAGUAGGGGGCGCAAUUUCCAUCAGAUGUUAAUCACGCUUAUCCAUGAGGUAAACAUUCAGCCUUCAGAGUGGCACCGUUCCCUGCUGCUUCCUCAGUCAUGGGCAGGAUUUAUGGAGAGAACAUAUCAUGCAAUUUUACAAGGAAGGCAAGCAGAGUUGGAGAUGCAGUUAAAACAUGGAAGAGAAGGACCUGAAGAAGUGCAGUACAAGCAAUUUACAGCCUGGCUCUGGAUCAGAGAUAUGCUGACUGAUGUGAUCAAGGGCGCUUCAAAGGAAAGUCCAGUGGUAAAAGGGAAUUGUCUUCUAGCCUUAACAGGCCUUGCAGUUGCUGUAGCAAAACAUGAGAAAGGGCUUUCUUCAGACAGCGAAGAACAAUUUGAUACUGAGCCAGACUUCCUUCUGACAAAGCACUGGAUUUCCAUGGUGAUAGAUACCCUCCUUAGCAUUACAGACAGUCACUAUCGCUCUAAGGGUCAAGUCUUUCCAUGGUUUUAUCAGAAAUCCUAUUCUGGUGAAAAUACCGCUAGUGUUAUUGCUCGUUCCUGUGCAGCAACCGCUUUGUCUCUUUUGGUGCCGGUUUUUAUUGUAUCCUACAAGGAAAAGGUUGAGGAAGUCCUGAAUUUACUGGUUGCCAUGUUACCUGGGAAACCAAAUGCAGAUGAGUCUCAGGCUGUUCAAAUUCACAUGGGCCUUGCUUUGGGGAUGUUUAUUGCACGGUUAUGUGAAGAGAAAGUCAGUGAUGUAUGUGGCAAACAAAUGAAUUUCCUAUUGAUUAAGUCUCUGGAUACAUUAGAGGACUGCUGCUUUGACGCAAGUCUAGAGUACAACACUGGAUGCAUCUUGGGUAUAGGGCUUGUUCUGUCACUGAUGAAUCGCAGCAGCCUAAUGGAAUCCCAAGCUCACAUCUCUGAUUCCCUGCAUAAACUUUGCAAAUACUUGGAUGAUGCAGGAGACCAAAGCAGAACAUUCCAAGAGAUUCUUGCCUACGCCAUUGCCUGUGUCUGUGUUUCUGCUUUUAGUGUUAAGAUCAUUGAGGCCACGGAGGCGGAGGAGAUCAUGAACAAGUUGCAGAAAUUAGCAGAAAGUAAUCAGCAGACGCCUGGCUUUGCCCUAGCGUUGGGUAACAUUGUUCAUGGAUUGUCUAUAUGUGGACAUGGUAAAGCAGAAGACCUCAGUAACCGGCUGUUUCCUACCUGGAUGAAAAUUGUACUUGCAGAGGGAGCUCCUACAAUGCAACGGCUUGCAGCAAUCAAUGGGCUGGUUUCUGUUGUGGGUUCUGAAGGGGCACUGAUACAGCUGAAAUCUGAGGCUAUCCAAUCUUCUCAAUUUCAAAGCAAACUUAAUGAAGUCAUCAGAACCCUCAGUCAGGUAAUCAGCUUUUCUGGGGUGAUUGGCCUUCAGACAAAUGCAGCAUGGCUGUUGGGACAUCUGCAUCUCUCCAGUGUGUCCACAACCCACAGUCAAACAUCUGUUCCUCCAGACUUUAGCUACCUGCCUGAGAAAAGCUUCCUUAGGGCAGCUGUUGACUUUGUUAUUGAAGGUGGAAAGAAAGGCCCUGAAAAAGUUCAUCCUCGCUUGGUAAAGGUAGCCAUGGCACCUAUAGCAUUCAAUGGAGAAACCUACCAAUACCCAUCUGUGAACUGGGCAUCGAUUCUUUCCCCUCUCCUACGUCUAAAUUUUGGAGAAGAGAUACAGCAGCUGUGCAUUAAACUGGCCGUGACUCAGGCCCAGUCGUCUCAGAAUGCUGCAAUGCUUUUGGGGAUGUGGGUAGCACCACCUCUAGUAUACAGUUUAAGUAUGCAAACCAAGAUAUACCUUUUCACUUCCUUACCUGUGUGGAUGAAAUAUGUAGCAGAUGACAGAUUGCAGGCUUUUACUGAAGUGUUUAUGGUACAGCAUUUUGAAGCAAAAAAUGAGCCACAAAACCUGGAACUUUGCAGGAGUAUUUUACAGGGGCUCAGCCAAGCCAUGAAGUUGCCUAUCCCUUCCCAGUACAGCUGGAGCUGUCUUUCCAGGGCUGUUGAGAGGAUAUUUGAACUUCUGCCAAAUGAAAUUCGGCAAAGUGAAGUGAAGAUGUAUAUAGAUGCGGCAAAAUGCCUCUCAGAAAUGGCAGAUACAGAAAUUGACCGAGUUACCCAAGUCUCCAAGAACAAUUUGAAAAAGGUCACAUUUGUCAAAGUUUAUUUAGUUUCACAAGGCAGAUUUCCUUUGCUGAGAUGGAAUGAUGUGAUUAGUAUUGCGGCUGGGUAUCAGCAGAAGGAAACCAUUGUAUGGAUGCUGCUGCACAGCUUCUACCAUGCACGAAUUGUGAGCCAUGAAAACACAGGAGUCUUAAAGAGAAUGGAGUGGCUGUUGGAACUGAUGGGAUACAUUAAAACCAUUUCCUUAAAGGCAACACCGAUACAAAAUGUGGCUCCCAAGGAGGCUAUCGACUUCCUGUUAUGGAUCUUCGCUGCCUCUGUGGUUGCCUGGGCUGACCAUGCUGCACCGCUGCUGCUUGGCCUCAGUGCCAACUGGUGUCUCUGGGAAGGUGAAGCAAAAUCAGUAUUGUCUGCAAAUUAUUUGGGCAAGCGUGCAGUAGAUAGUCUGGCUAUCCAAGAGACCCUCACUCUUUUUCCAGGUAGUUUGCAAAUUCUCUUGGCUAAAGAGCCUUGGAAAGACCAAACACAAAAGUUCAUUGACUGGCUAUUAAGCAUAAUGGAGAACUCACAUGAAGCACUAUCCCAAUCUUCUAGAAAUCUUUUGAAAGCUUCCCUGUUGGCUCUAAGGUCUAUCCCAGAGUUCAAGAAGAAAGCAAUUUGGACAAAGGCUUAUGGCUGGUAGCCGCAGCAUUGCAUCUCCACUUACACAGCUGGUGUCAAGACGUAUGAGGCCAAAGAGGAGUGUUUGUGGUUACACUAAGGAGUGUUAUGUGGUUUCCAUUCUGGAGAGAUUGUUUCUGGAGAGAAAGUAUAAACAGUAUAACAAAGCUUCAAGAUAUGUCUAUUCCAGAGAGGAUAUUUCCAUUCCAGAGAGAAGGGUUAGACCAGCUUUUCCCAACCAGUGUGCCUCCAGAUGUUGUUGGACCACAACUCCCAUCUUUCCUGACCAUUGGCAAUGCUGGCUGAGGCUGAUGGGACUUGUGGUCCAACAACAUCUGGAGGCACACUGGUUGGGAAAGGCUGGGUUAGACAGUGCAACAAGGCUUCAUGAUGCAUUAGAUGAAAUUGUUUAUAAUCUUGUGACAAAAUUAAAAAAAUACUACCUGGAAAUCUUGUCUGUUGGCUUUAUAUGUCAGAAGAUACACUACAACAGCAGUUCUCAAACUUGGUCUGUGGGCCACCAGUGGUCCCUGAACUUCAUUCAGGUGGUCUGAAGCAUGUCUGCAUUAAAUAUUCAUAUCAAUUUUUAA